GCCGAAAGUGCACUUUCGGGCCAUCCCUGCUUACGUAGGAACCGAGCCCUGCCUUUGAUGUUCGGCCACUGAUCACCGAUCGGAUUACGGGCAUUUCAUCUCCCUGCUGCCCCGCCUUUGAUCUGCGUGGUUAAUUUUAUUUUCCUGGAUUGGGAGUUUCGUCUGGGCUUGUGCUGACACACGGCUUCGGGGAGGUGGAAGCGUUUGGCACGGCCGCGCUGCCAAGGAGGAGCGAGGCUGCCGGAGCUGCCGGAAGGGUGAGGGCUGGAAAGCGUUCCAAGCCCGUUGCAGAACUCUUCAACAAUAAAUACAUUUAUUAAGCACCAUGGCGUUCAAAGUGCUGCUGGAACAAGAGAAGCCACUUCUCACCGUUGUAGUUUUACUAGCCUGUUUGGCGUGCGAAGCGCUGUGUGAAACAGGCGACUGCAGGCGGCAGGAGUUCCGGGACCGGUCUGGGAACUGCAUCCUCUGCGAGCAAUGCGGGCCCGGCCUGGAGCUGUCGAAGGAAUGUGGCUUUGGCUACGGGGAGGAUGCUCAGUGUGUGACCUGCCGGCCGCACAGGUUCAAGGACGACUGGGGCUUUCAGAAGUGCAAGCCGUGCCUGGACUGCGCCGGGGUGAACCGCUUCCAGAAGGCCAACUGCUCCGCCACCAGCGACGCCGUCUGCGGGGACUGCUUGCCGGGAUUUUAUAGGAAGACAAAACUUGUCGGUUUUCAAGACAUGGAGUGCGUACCUUGUGGAGACCCGCCUCCUCCCUAUGAGCCACACUGCACCAGCAAGGUGAACCUCGUGCGGAUCCCGUCCGCGGCCUCCAGCCCGCGGGACACGGCCCUGGCCGCCGUCAUCUGCAGCGCCCUGGCCGCUGUCCUGCUGGCCCUGCUCACCCUCUGCACCAUCUACUGCAAGAGGCAGCUGACGGAGAAGAAGCCCAGCUGGUCCCUGAGAGCCCAGGACUCUCAGUACAGCGGCUCCGAACUGUCCUGCUUUGACCGACCUCGGCUCAGCAAGCCCGCCCCCCGAGCCUGCCGUCAGUGCCACCGGGAUUCGGCCCCCACCUGCGGGCCCGUCCACCUGAUCCCGUCCUUGUGCUGUGAUGACACCUGCAGCCUCGACCAGGCGGCCCUCGGGUGCAGGGCGCAUCCCCAGGCCACACUUCAGGAGAGAAGCGCAGGUCCGCUGGGGGAGACGGUGCCGGCUCUGUUCGGGUCCCCUUCCCGCUCCAUCUGCGGCGAGUUUUCCGACGCAUGGCCCCUGAUGCGGGAUCCCAUGUCUGGCGAUGACAUCUCCUUCUGUGACUCUUACCCUGAACUCCCGGAAGACGUUCACUCGCUCAGUCUGGAAAACGAACCCUUGGCUUCGGGCAGCAGUCAGGGUUUGGCUGGUGGCGCUGCUGCAGUUCAAGCUCCUUCUGAAAACUGCACGGAAACUACUGAUUUCUUUAGAUACAACUCACCGGCAGGGCCGGCGCUCGCUCAGGACACAGCCGCGACCAGACGCCAGCCGGCCCCCACCACUCAGACGCCGGCCCAGGACUAGGAGGGCGCGCACGCCUGCGCUCUCGCUCGUGGUCCGAGCGGCCUGGACCUCGCGUGGCUUCUGGGGAGAAAAGCGAAUCUGAACCAAACCAAUGGCUCGCAGCCUCUCCGCGCGCCGCUGAGCCAGACCAGCCGUGAGCUGAGACCUCGGGCCGGACGAGGGAGGACUGCAGGAGCUCACGCCGCUUCGCCUC